AUGCUGGCUUCCGCGCGCUCUCUCUCAAAGCAGGUGCUCAGCCACCGCGCCCAGAUCCAGCAGCAAACCAAGUCGCAGCUCAAGCAGCACAACCAGCAGCCGCGCAGCGCCCGGGACACGCGCGACGCGCCCGAGGACCUCCAGGUGCUGGAGAAGAUGCGGCAGGAGAACCGGGAGCGCAAGAAGCGCUGGCGCGAGCUCAACGAGGAGCGCAACAAGGACAACGACCUGCGGUGCCGGGUCAACAAGCGCGCAACGCAGCUGUACGGCGCGCAGUCGACGCCGGCCAAGGAGAAGUGGAUAGUGGAGGAGUUUGAGCGGCGGCAGCAGCGCCGCAAGGACAAGGAGCGCCGCAAGCAGCAGCAGAAGAUCCCCACCAACUUCAGCCAGUACUCGGCGCUGCCCCCGCACCAGGUCAGCGCGGCACACGAGUUCUGGCGCGGCGCGGCGGAGCGGCAUGCGGUGGAGCAGAGCAAGGAGCUGGUGUUUAGGCAUUAUGUGGAGCCUGCGGUCACGGGCGGAUUGACGCUGCCGCCGCUGAGCAGCGUUAUUCCCAAAGCCUUGAUGCAUGCCCCCGAGGAUGCCAAGACACGUGAGCUGCCCGAGAUGCAUGCGGGCGAGCUCAGCUCCACCCCUACUCUGGCUGUGCCCUCGAGGUCCCAGUCGUUUAGUGCGCGCCAUGUGCGCCCGUGGGAGGAGGAGAGCCUGCCUGAUGACGACCUUUUGGCGCUGGCCAACCCCGAUAUUAGCCGCACCCCGACGCUCAUGUCCCCGAUGCCGGCCGACAAGGACCUGGGCGGCCUGGCCGAAGCCGCCUUCUCGCUGAUGUCGCUGUCGUCGUCGAGCGCGGGCUCGCCCAUGCCCUGA